CUGCGGGCGGCCGGGCGCCCGGCAUGUCCUUAGAGUGCGUGCAGACGGCGGGCGCUGGCGCCCCGCGCAGCCAGGAGCAAGUCAACCGCACCCGCUUCCCGUUCUUCUCCGACUUCAAGGGCGACCACCGGCUGGUGUUGAGCGCCGUGGAGACGAUCGUGCUGUCGCUGAUCUUUGCGGUGUCGCUGGUGGGCAACGUGUGCGCCCUGGUGCUGGUGGCGCGCCGACGGCGCCGCGGAGCCACCGCUUGUCUGGUGCUCAACCUUUUCUGCGCCGACCUCCUCUUCGCUGUCGCCAUCCCGCCCGUACUGAUCGUGCGCUGGACUGAGGCCUGGUUUCUGGGCCGCGUUGCCUGCCACCUGCUCUUCUACGGGAUGAGCCUGAGCGGCAGUGUCACCAUCCUUACCCUGGCCGCCGUCAGUCUGGAGCGGAUGGUGUGCAUCGUGCGCCUUCAGCAAGGCGUGCGGGGCCCGGGGCGGCGGGCGCGGGCUGCGCUGCUAGCCUUCAUCUGGGGCUACUCGGCGCUCACUGCGCUGCCACUCUGCGUCUUCUUCCAGGUAGUCCAGCAGCGGUUCCCCGGCGCUGACCAGGAGAUUCCAAUUUGCACCCUGGUUUGGCCCAGCAUUGCUGGCGAAAUCUUGUGGGAUGUGUCUUUCGUGAUGUUGAACUUCUUGGUGCCAGGACUGCUCAUCGUGGUCAGUUACUCCAAGAUUUUGCAGAUAACCAAGGCAUCCAGGAGGAGGCUCACGGUGAGCUUGGCCUACUCCGAGAGCCACCAGGUCCGCGUGUCACAGCAGGACUUCCGGCUGUUCCGCACCCUCUUCCUGCUCAUGGUCUCUUUCUUCAUCAUGUGGAGUCCCAUCAUCAUCACCAUUCUGCUCAUCUUGAUCCAGAACUUCCAGCAGGACCUGGUCAUCUGGCCGUCUCUCUUCUUCUGGGUGGUGGCCUUCACCUUCUCCAACUCAGCCCUGAACCCCAUCCUCUACAACAUGUCCCUGUUCAGGAAUGAAUGGAGGAAAACCUUCUGCUGUUGCUUGUUCUCAGAAAAGGGAGCCAUUUUCACAGACACAUCUGCCAGGAGAAAUGACUUGUCUGUUAUCUCCAGCUAAGGAGCUUCAGCCUGGAGGCGGGGGUCUCACUCCCAGGCCAACCACUGCAUGUGCAAGGGAGUGACUGCAAGAACAUCUGCCAGGUUAGCUUGCUUUAGGCAAGUGUCACCUCUGCAUACACACCGCUGGCUAAUUAAGGGCUGAGCAGUAUAGCAAUAUUUUUCCUUUACCAAAGGACGCAUUAUGGGUUCCUCUCUUACCUGAACUUUUUCGGUGUGUUCGAAAUAUGAUUUUGGUGAAUUGAUUUUUAUUUAUAACUGAUCAGCAAUCCAUCUCCUGCCUAUAAAGAAAGCUACACCUGACCAGUUUUUGAAGUGAGUCUUGGGAUGGAUUUAGGAUGUUGAUUUCUCCAUUUUGAGCUCAUGAGGCUGCAGGAUCAGUCAUUAAUGCCAAGGGCCCUUCCUACUUCACUUAUACAAAAUGUUAUGUCAUGGGUUUGUUUAAGAAUAGCAGUGUCAUAAAACCCAAGAGAAGGUGGGAAGACUCCAGAGUGUUGAGUGAUGGUAGUAGUGAAUUCCUUCAUUGUUCCAAGCCCUCAGCGACCCCCACAGUACCUGCUGUGGCUAGACAGUGUUCCUGAGGCCAGAAAUACAGCAUGGACCCAACCGCCACGGCCCCUGCUCCCAGCUUACCUUCCAUAUCAAACCAGUUGAUAAAGAACACAUCGUCAAAGCUAACAGAUGUUGUGAAGAUAUUAGGACAUAGUGCUGUAGAGGUGAUGGUCACUUAAGUGGGGGUGGGGACCUGGAAAGACCUUUCUGAGGAGUGAUGUUUGGGUUAAAUGGUGGAGGACAAGAACCAGCAUGUGAGCCAGGGGAAAGGGCUUGCAGGUGGACAAGAUUCUGGCACAGAGCACUAACAAGCUCAUGCAACUAAAGGAAGACUAGGGUGACCCAAGUCAAGCAAGGUACUGCUUGGGAUUCCUCCACACCACACAUCAUCCUUAAUGCUGGGACAGGCUGAGGAGCAGAUGGAGUGCCUCAGUGCACACCAGGGAAGUCACAGACCUAGAUCAGGGCAGAAAUGUGACAUGGC